GAUGAGGGGACAGCUCGGCCUCCUCCUCCGCCUCUGGCGAACACAAUCAUCCACCACGCGACGUAGCGGUGGACCUUCUAUCUCAGCCUUCCACGCUCUCCGGUCUGAAUACAGUACCGCCACCGAGUCGUUUCCCCGACGCGAAAUUGAGAGUUGUAAUGGCAACAAGAAAAGAGGAGGAAAAUGGUUCACGCUGCCUCCAUUUUCUCAACCGAUCAGUGGCGCUGCACUUGGAAGACAACUUGUCGCCAACGCUGCUGGAGCAGCCAAAGCCGUUACUGAGACGACGGCGCUUAAGUGGGUCCUGCGGUGCUGCCCGGAGUUGCUGCACCAUGGGAAAUAGCCAACUUAAAAGGGUGGGAGCAAAGGAUCUGUUGAACAUUGGAGAUAGAAUCUGUAUUCCUAUUAGUGUCCAGGAGUUGCCUGCUGAGAAGCAGGAGCUGCAGGAGAAACAAUGGCAUUGUGCGGAAGAAGAAGUGAACUUUCUUCGGAGCCUGGAAUUGUAUAAGGAUUCUGCUAUAAUUGUUAUCAAUAAGCCUCCAGGGAUGCCAGUUCAGGGUGGCAUUGGCAUUAAGAGAAGUUUAGAUGAACUGGCUGCAACUUGUCUAAGAUAUGAUCACUCAGAACCUCCUCAAUUGGUUCACAGGCUUGACAGAGAUAGUAGUGGCAUAUUGGUAAUGGGAAGAACACGAACAAGUGCAACAGUAUUGCAUUCCAUCUUUCGUGAGAAACCAUGUGGUGCAUCAAAGGAAGACACUGACAGCAAGGAAAGGAUCUUGCAAAGACAGUACUGGGCACUUGUUAUUGGGUCUCCCCGACGCCCCAAGGGGUUAGUUUCAGCAUCACUGAGCAAGGUGGUUGUAGGUGAUGGAAAAUCUGAGAGAAUCACUGUCAUUGACAAUGUGCAGAGCGUACCAUCUCAGCAUGCAAUAACAGAAUAUCGAGUCAUUAAGUCAACCUCUCAUAGUUACACAUGGUUAGAGCUGUCCCCCCUCACUGGAAGAAAGCACCAGCUACGUGUACACUGUGCGGAGGUAUUAGGCACUCCCAUUGUCGGGGACUACAAGUAUGGAUGGGAAGCUAAUAGAAAGUGGCGACAUUUCCCAUUGUUUAAUUUUGACAAGAACUCAAAUGAGAAUUCACCAAAGGAAAACUCACUUCCAUUUGGCCUCAAUUUGGGGAGUGGAAGCAUCUGCGAGAAACAUCCCCGGCUUCAUCUUCAUUGUAAGAAAAUGAUUUUGCCUAAUGUGUCAAAAGCUUUGCAGAGUCUACACUCUUCGGACUAUAAUCCUUCAGAAAUGGAAAGUCUAGAGUUGGCUGCUCCUUUGCCUGCAUUUAUGCAAAAAAGUUGGGAUGUCUUGAAUUCUUGAUAUCAUUUUGUAUUCCCAUCAAUUAUUUGUGGUAAAAUGAGAAGAAUCAGAAAGGAGGGCAAUGAGAGAAAAUGGUCAACUUGGUUGCUCAGUUGGAAUCAGAUGUGUCAUCAUUAGUUCUUGGAUGCUUGCCUCAAGAAUUCUGUCAGGAAUACGUAAAACAGAAAGCAAGAUGAAGGGCCAGUGGAUUACCCUGUCGUGCUGCUUGUUGCCUUCCUAGAUGCUGUUUACCAGGCUGUUUCUUCUUAUAUCUUUAAUAGGUGUGUGAUAUAUAAUAUACCGAGUUAUAAUUU